AGCUCACCACCUCACCUCACCGCCGACGAGCUUCCGACAAAAAUAAUGUCGAGCACCUAUCCCUUUCCCCUUCUACUACUCCUCGCCGUCCUCCUGCUCGCCGGCGAGUCCACCUCCCAGACCACCCCCGGCGACCAGGCCACUCUCCUAGCCAUCAAGAAUGAGUGGGGAAACCCCCCUCAGCUCGCGUCGUGGGACCCCGCUGUCCACGCCGACCACUGCAGCAACUGGACCGGCGUCACCUGCGACGGCGCCGGCGUGGUGACGGAGAUAUCCUUGGCGAGCCUGAACAUCACCGGCGGGGUGCCGACGCACGUGUGCGACCUCAAGAGUCUGACCCGCCUCGACCUCUCCAUCAACAACCUCACCGGCGGCUUCCCCGGCACGGCGCUCUACGCCUGCUCCCAGCUCCGGUUCCUCGACCUCUCCAACAACCACUUCGACGGGGUCCUUCCCGAUGACAUCAACAGCCUGUCGUCACACAUGGAGCACCUCAACCUGUCGGCCAACAGCUUCAGUGGCGCCGUGCCGGCGGCCGUGGCCGGGCUGUCCGUGCUGAAGUCUCUGGUCCUCGACACCAACCAGUUCACCGGGACCUAUCCGGCGGACGAGAUAAGCAAGCUCGGCCGGCUCGAGCGGCUGACCCUCGCGGCCAACCCGUUCGCGCCAGCCCCGGCGCCGGCCGAGUUCGCCAAGCUGACCAACCUGACCUACCUCUGGAUGGGCAGCAUGAACGUGACCGGCGAGAUCCCGGAGGCGUACUCCAGCCUCACGGAGCUGACGAUGUUCGCCCUGAUGGCGAACAAGCUCACCGGCAAGAUCCCGGGGUGGGUCUUGCAGCACCCCAAGCUCGAGAAAGUGUACCUGUUCACCAACGGACUCACCGGCGAGAUACCGCGCAAGAUCACGGCGGUAAAUCUGGUAGAACUCGAUCUGUCAACCAACCAGCUCACCGGAGAAAUACCGCAAGACAUUGGUAGCCUCAAGAACCUGAGGCUGCUGUUCCUCUACACCAACCAGCUCACCGGCACCAUUCCGGCAAGCAUCGGGAUGCUCCCUAAGCUCAGGGACAUCAGGAUAUUCGAGAACAAGCUCUCCGGCGAGCUCCCGCAAGAGCUCGGGAAGUACUCGCCGCUGGGGAACCUUGAGGUGUGCAACAACAACCUCUCCGGCCCACUCCCGGAGUCACUAUGCGCAAACGGGAGCCUCUACGACAUCGUCGCCUUCAACAACAGCUUCUCUGGUGAGCUCCCAAAGAACCUAGGCGACUGUGUCCUGCUGAACAACAUCAUGCUGUACAACAACCGCUUCUCCGGCAAGUUCCCGGCCAAGAUUUGGUCAUUUCCAACGUUGACCACCGUGAUGAUACAGAACAAUAGUUUCACCGGGGCUCUGCCGGCCACCAUAUCUGUGAACAUCACCCGGAUUGAGAUGGGGAACAACCAGUUCUCUGGCUCCUUCCCAACGUCAGCAACUGGGCUGCACGUGUUCAAGGCGGAGAACAACCUGCUCUCCGGCGAGCUACCGGACAACAUGAGCAAGUUUCCCAGCCUUAUUGAUUUGUCAAUGUCAGGCAACCAACUAACUGGUUCCAUACCCGCAUCAGUCAACUUGCUGCAGAAGCUCAAUUCUCUCAACUUGAGUGACAAUCGGUUAUCUGGCGUAAUACCACCUUCAAGCAUUGGGUUGCUUCCAUCUUUGACUAUCCUUGAUUUGUCCGGCAAUGAACUCACAGGUGGCAUACCGUCAGACUUCAGCGGCGUGAACUUCAAUGCGCUCAACAUGUCAUCAAACCAGCUCACCGGCGAGGUACCGCUCUCGCUGCAGAGCGCGGCAUAUGAAACCAGCUUUCUCGGCAAUCGCGGGCUCUGUGCUAGGAAGAACUCGGGGGUAAACCUCCCAAAAUGCGGCAAGGCUCCCGACGAGCUCUCGAUGGGACUGAUCAUCCUCUUCUCCAUGCUCGCUGGUAUUAUCCUCGUCGGCUGUGUAGGCAUCGCAUGUCUGCUCUUCCGGCGACGGAAGGAGAGGCAUGACGUGACCGACUGGAAGAUGACACAGUUCACCCACCUGGGCUUCAGUGAGUCUGACGUGCUCAACAACAUCCGUGAAGAGAAUGUGAUCGGCAGCGGCGGCUCUGGGAAGGUGUACCGGAUCCACCUCCCUGCCAGUGGCGGCAGUGGUGACGAGGAGCAUGGUGGCAGCAAGAUGGUGGCCGUCAAAAAGAUAUGGAACACACAGAAGCUGGACGCGAAGCUCGACAAGGAGUUCGAGUCGGAGGUGAAGGUCCUGGGCAACAUCCGGCACAACAACAUCGUCAAGCUGCUUUGCUGCAUCUCCAGUACUGACGUCAAGCUGCUCGUCUACGAGUACAUGGAGAACGGCAGCCUUGAUCGGUGGCUGCACCACCUUGAGCGCGAGGGCGCGCCCGCGCCGCUGGACUGGCCGACGAGGCUGGCCAUUGCGAUCGAUUCGGCCAAGGGACUCAGCUACAUGCACCAUGACUGCGCACAAUCGAUCGUGCACCGGGAUGUCAAGUCCAGCAACAUCUUGCUUGACCCAGAGUUCCAUGCCAAGAUCGCCGACUUUGGGCUCGCCAGGAUGCUUGUCAAGUCCGGGGAGCCAGAGUCGGUGUCAGCCAUCGGUGGCACGUUUGGGUACAUGGCGCCAGAAUAUGGUUACAGGCCAAGGGUGAACGAGAAGGUUGAUGUCUACAGUUUUGGUGUUGUUCUGCUGGAGCUUACAACUGGCAAGGUCGCGAACGACGGUGGCGCUGAUUUCUGCCUGGCGGAGUGGGCGUGGCGACGGUACCAGAAAGGCCCUCCGUUCAACGAUGUCAUCGACGAGCAUAUCCGUGACCCAGCCAAUAUGUCAGACAUCCUAUCCAUCUUCACUCUCGGGGUGAUCUGCACGGGGGAGAACCCACCGGCGAGGCCAUCCAUGAAGGAGGUCCUGCAGCACCUCAUCCGGUGCGACCGGAUGUCCGCUGAGGCACAGGCUUGCCAGCUGGACUACUGCGAUGGUGGGGCACCACUUCUCCAGGCGAAGAAGGGUAGCCGGAGAAGGGACGUGUCGGACUCCGGCAGGUGGGAUGAUGACGAUGAGGACAGCGGAAACUUUGUGGUGCACGCGGUUUAGGAGACUCCCGCCCAGCAAGGAGAGCAAAUUUCAGGUGCACACUAGCACUAGCGAGUGCGUAGCUGCCAGUUAGCUAGCCAAAGCCCGUCCAUGGAGAGUUGAAGAUCUCGAGCUAGCAUAGCAGUACUACAAUAGUAAUGCAUCUUGAAUGUAGCAGUAGUGCAACACGUCAAGGUGAAGGAAGGAUGUAAACAUGUAAGUAUGUAUCUGUAACAUAAGCCGAUCUCCAGGAAGGACAGAACGCAAGUUCUGGACCGGCACGGCGGCACCGAAGGGCUUGUUUGGUUCCUAACCACCAGUUUGGCUGAACUAGGCGCCGGUGCAUGUAUCUUCUUCGGCUGUAAGCCUGAAAUGUCACAUGGAUCCAGCAGUUUUGAGAA